GGGGGGGCGGGCGGGCACUGAGGGGCCGGCGGCAGCAGGAUGGAGGCGAUCUGGCUGUACCAGUUCCGCCUGAUUGUCAUCGGCGACUCCACAGUGGGCAAGUCCUGCCUCAUUCGCCGCUUCACCGAGGGGCGCUUCGCCCAGAUCUCCGACCCCACCGUGGGCGUGGAUUUCUUCUCCAGGCUGGUGGAGAUCGAGCCUGGCAAGAGGAUCAAGCUGCAGAUCUGGGACACGGCCGGGCAGGAGCGGUUCCGGUCUAUCACCAGAGCCUACUACAGGAACUCGGUUGGAGGACUCCUCCUCUUUGACAUUACAAACCGCAGGUCUUUCCAGAACGUCCAUGAGUGGCUGGAGGAGACCAAGGUGCAUGUCCAGCCAUACCAGAUCGUCUUUGUUCUGGUAGGUCACAAGUGUGACCUUGACACACAGCGGCAAGUGACCAGGCACGAGGCAGAGAAACUGGCGGCUGCCUAUGGUAUGAAGUACAUUGAGACCUCAGCUCGGGAUGCCAUUAACGUGGAGAAGGCCUUCACUGAUCUGACUCGUGAUAUAUAUGAGCUUGUGAAGAGGGGAGACAUUUCAAUCCAGGAGGGAUGGGAAGGUGUAAAGAGUGGGUUUGUCCCAAAUGUAGUGCACUCUUCAGAAGAAGUGGUGAAAUCAGAUAGACGGUGCUUGUGCUGAGCUCCUCUAGAGAGGUGAGUGGUGAUGAACUCUACUAACCAAAUGUACUUUACUAAGUGAACUCAGUGUGACAGAAGGGAGAGCAACACUCCCGUUGUGAACAGCCUCCCACAUUGUUUUGGACACCAGGACAAACCCUGGAAAGAAAUGUUCUGUUCCAAAUAACCUUUCAGAACUGGGGGCUACAAACCUGAAGGAGAAUGAGUAAGGGUGCGUGUGGAUGUUGUAAGGACAUAGGAAGCAGAAAUGAGGGGCUGCACAACACAGGAGAGAGUAUACAGAGCUGAAUGGCUGGUACAUGCCAGGCUACUGUACACGUUACCUUUUAAGUAAACCUAUAGCCCCCUGCUGGCUUUUGGAGCCACAGGAUGGAUACUCAGGCGUAUGACAAACAGGCAGACAGAGAGAAAGCAGGAGGACAUCUUGGUUUGUGUCAGCUAUUUCUUUCCAGGAAGGUCUAAAGGCAGCACAGAAACCAUUUCCUCAUAUGGACGGUUCUGCAGAAGAAGUUUACUGACAUGGUAUGCACACUUCUAAGUUUUCUUUCUUAUGUUCUUGAACCUAGUUCGAUAGCAAAGAAUAUUUUUUGGGAUUUAAAGAGGAAAACAGUAGUUAUUUGAUUGGUAAUUAAAAUUUAAAUUAUUUCUCCCUUAACAGUGUUUUUCUUGCUGUGCUGUACCAAGACUCUAAGUGGCAACUCUUACUGCAGUAGUGAUUAUUCAAAGUAAUUUUUACUCAUUUACUGUCUGGGUGAGUACCUUGAAAAUACCCCAAGUUCAGGGCUUUCCAGUAGAAUUAAGUGAUCAAGAACAUGUCCUCAGGUGUUAUGUCUUAAGACUGGGGUGUUGCAUCCAGGUGGGACACACCAUUUCUGUCUCAGUAAUAGCACUGUGCUGACCUUACCAGCCAGGUCACAAGGAGGAAUGUAAAGGAGGGAGGGAAAAAAGAAACCCAACAAAAUGAGAAACUUGAAAAGCUUAACUCAGGUGCAUCAGACAUCCUAAAAGGUGUAAAUUGCUCUUAAAGAAGUUAAAUAGCAUUGAAAGCAACAGCUUCCAUUGGUACUUUCUGCUGUUAAAGUGUAAUUUUCUGUCUUGACCUCUGUGGAAGAGAACUGGCACUGAGAAGGUGGAAUACACAGCAGGAGUGUCUGAGCAGGUGGAAAGGAAAGCCUCAAGACACACUCAAGAAUAAAAUUUGUUUUCCUCCUGACAAAAGAGGAUCCAUCUCUGGCUGGCCAUCAUGGGGUGGCAGCCAUGCCACAAAAGAUGCAUGUAGGUGGAUGUUUCCUGGGAAUGCCAUUCACCACUUUGCUUCUGCCAAAUUCUAACCCAAGUUUUUGAAGUGCAAUGGAAUGACAGCGCUCCUGUAGCAAAUUAGGAAAGUUCAACCUGUUGAAAGCGAACAAACAAAACUAUAGUGACUUUUUUACUUGUGUUUGAAAGCUUUAUACACCAAACUGCAACGGGCAGGAGGAAGGGAUUAGGCAAAAGCCACAGGAAGCAUCUAGUAUUUAUUUUAGGCCUCUGAGUAGAGAAAAAAAAAAUUGUUCCAGCUUUUUAAUCUGCCCCAUCUACAGAAAAAUAGGUCUUGAUUACUGUUGAGUUCAGACUGUUUCUCCUUCUGAACCCGUUCUCACAGUUUACAGCAGCACAUGGGCAGGUCUAUAUAAAGAAAAAAUGUGCAGUUUCUGUAUUGAAGCUGUAAAAAACCCCAAACCCAUAGCAAACCCAACCCAGCAAUCCAAGCCCUGAGCACUUUUGGUUUUGGUGUUCUAGGAACAUUUCAGUUCCUGGGCUCUGCAGGGGAGCAGCAGCACUGCACCUGCUGGGAGGGCACAGGGAGCAAAUGCCAGGAAGGGGAAUGGCAUUGGCCUGGUGCUUCUUGGUGAGCUUGUCACUGCUUGGAACUGGCUGUCAAUGUAUCCUUGUGCUGAGUUGAGUGCCCUGAAGAUGAAAAAAACAAGAGAAGUAUGCCCUUUACAAAAUCUAUUUCUGGGUGAGCAAAGGUGGGUGCAGGGAGCACCCCAGGAACUGGGCAGAUGCCAGGGCAGAGUGCAGGGUUUGCUCAGACCAGCUCAGUCAGUUGCAUUUCACAAAGGCAGGGACAGACAGUACCAAAGGGUCAGUUUCUUUGUUCCAUGGAUGGAAAGUCCACCAAACAGCUGCUUCAGCUUUUCAGGGGCUAGCUGGACACUAGGUGUGUCUGGAGGUGUCUGGAUGAAGAUAGCAGCAGCCCUAAGGGCAGAGCCGGAGUGUGAUGUGAGGGGCAGUGAGGAGUUUGAUCAGGCAUUUUAGCAAUAGUCAAAUUCUGUAAUUCCCUAUUCGAGAGCCUGGCCAGAGGGGAAAGAUCACUUUUCAUGAGACAGACAAUAUUUUAUUUAAUGGGUUUUGGACAUUCCCCUUUACUGCUCCCAGGGAGAAAUUCCAGAAAGCCUAAGGCAGUAAGUGCAUUCAGGCCUUCAGAGUACAUCUUCAAUUUAAAUACAAAAGUGUUCUAAUUCUAAAGAGGAACAGUACAGAAGAAAAUGUACAUGGUCUUAACUACUUAGAGUUAAUAAAUUGUUAUAUUAAAUGAUAGAGAAAUCAUUAUCUACAUCUUUUUCUAAUUCCUUGCAUUUUCUAGACAGCUUAUUAAGAUAUAGGAAAUGUAGAUUCAUCUGUACAAAAUUUGGAAUGUUUUUUCUAGGAUGAAGAACUUAUUGGAUACAGUAAGAAUUCUUUUCUAACAAUUGGUUUUAAUGCUUUGACUUAGAGAGACUUUGAGAAAUCAGAAGGUGAUACCUCUCACAGGCUAUAGGUCAGGAGCUCUUAGACUCUAGGAGAAAAAAGAGGAUAAAAAAGCAAAAGCUAACUUUGUGGUCUCUACCACAUAUUAAUCUGCAUGUUAAACUGAACUUGCUCAGAACCUCCAGAAUAAAAGCGUACUUUACACUGUCCUCGCUUUGUUAUGCACUGUAACGAAAUGUGAAAAUAAUGCUGUAUUUAGCUGUCCGUAUGUGAUUGAAAAUAUGCUUGUAUUUAGCAAAAUGGUUACUAUGUGAUAAUGUGAAAUUCAAAACUUGUAAAGAAACCUUGGUGGUUUUGUCUUUUUCCCUUUCCCCCUGCCCAUUCUCUCUUAGUGUGUUCCCUGCUCCCUGUCCCUGCUCUGUAUUCCAGCCAGGGCUGGAUCCACCAUUCCCAGGCAUUGCCUCACAGACACUGGACACUCUUCCCUGCAGGGUCUGCCUCACUGUGCAGAAC